AUGGUUCAAGACCAUCCUGCUCGGAUACUAGCUGAUACCGGUGCUGGUUUGUCCAUAGUCUCAGAUUCUUUCAUUAGUAAGUACCAAAUACCCACAAAACCCAUAAAAACAAGAUCGAUCCAUGGUGUCACCGGGCACCAACUCUCCAUCAAUAGUUCUGCGAGCAUGCAGGUAUCUAUUGGUACACACAAUCUGGGUGUGGUCGAAGCUUCAGUGGCCGACACUGCAGACUAUGACCUCAUCCUGGGGUUCACUGAGCUACGGAGGCUCAAACCCACCAUACAAUGGGAUACGGGCCAGCUGGAGUUCAAGACUCAGGAGCAGGACCGACCCCCUAGGAGACCCCCUGAAGCAGCAAGAGCAGGGGACCUAACCAUGAGGAGACCAACCCUCCAUGGUAACGAGUUUGUCUCAGCAGAGCGCAUACUACGAGCAGCUCUGGAAGAUGGACCCAUAGGGUUCAUGCUGUUAGAGGAGCCACCAUCAUCACUUCCGGCCUUUGGUUUUGUACCUACAGGCGCAGACAAAGGAGUCGAGAUGGAGGUGGAGGUAGAUAAGGUGGUGACGGCUGCAGACAUACCAAAGCCAUACCAACACCUGCAAGAUGUGUUUGAUGAGGUGGAAGCAGACAAGCUGCCCCAUCAUACCGAGCAUGAUCUCCACCUCGAGUUGAUAGAAGGAGGGAAGCCACCUCAAGGGCCCCUAUACCUUAAGGGACCCAAGGAGAUGUCCGAGUUGAGGAGAUACUUGGAUGAGAACCUCGAGAAGGGGUUCAUAAGACCAUCGAAGAGCCCGGCACGAUCACCAGUGCUCUUCGUACCAAAGAAGGAUGGAGGUCUCAGACUCUGUGUGGACUACAGAGGUCUCAACGAGAUCACUGUCAAGAACAGGGCACCAUUGCCCCUCAUCGAGGAGCAGCUGUUCUUACUCAGGAAGGCAAGGAUCUAUACCAAGCUGGACCUUAGAGCAGCAUACAACCUCAUCCGGAUUGCUAAAGGAGAUGAAUGGAAGACAGCUUUUGGCACUCAGUUGGGACUCUAUGAGUACCUAGUGAUGCCCUUUGGCCUAGCCAAUGCUCCGGCUCACUUCCAGUCAUUCAUCAAUGACAUCUUCCGAGACAUCAUUGGAGUAUAUGUAGUGGUAUACUUAGAUGACUUCCUGAUCUUCAGUGACACUGAAGAGGUACAUGUGAAGCAUGUCACCGAGGUCCUCACUCGCUUAAGGAGCAACAGGCUCUUUGCUAAGCUGUCGAAGUGUGAGUUCCACACCAAGACAGUCGAGUUCCUGGGGUACAUCAUCAAGCCAACGGGCAUAGAGAUGGACCCAGAAAAGGUGCGCACUGUCAAGGAGUGGCCAAUGCCAGAGUCAAUCCAUGACAUCCAGAGGUUCCUGGGUUUUGCCAACUUCUAUCGAAGGUUCAUAGCCCACUUUGCUCGCAUAGCCAAGCCCUUGACAGCACUGGUAAAGCCUAUAGAACGGUUCAAGAAGUUCGAGCUACCAGAGGAGGCCCAACAGGCCUUCCACAAGCUCAUCCAGGCCUUCACAUCAGCAGGAGUGCUUCAGCACUUCGACUACCACCUUCCAACAAGGUUGGAGACUGAUGCAAGUGACUUUGCUAUAGCAGGAGUGCUCAAGCAGGAGCAUGAAGGACGAUGGCAUCCAGUGGCCUUCUACUCUAGGAAGAUGUCUUCUGCCGAGAAGAACUAUGAGAUCCAUGAUAAGGAGCUCCUAGCUGUGGUCGCCUGCCUCACUCAGUGGCGACACAUGCUAGCUGGACUACCGAACCAACUGGUCAUCCUCACUGACCAUGAAGCCCUCAAGUACUUCAAGUCACAGAGACGCAUCACAGGUCGACAGGCUCGAUGGGCCAUACUACUAGCAGACUUCGACUUCAUAUUGCAGUAUCGACCAGGAGACAAAGGUGGUGAACCCGAUGCUCUCACCAGAAGGACAGACAUGCAACCAGCUGGUGAAGAGCAGGAUCACAAUGUGAGGCAACUACUGCCUCCUCGAGUGUUCAAGGAGACAGCAGACCAUGACUCGCUCCUAGUGGCCCCCAUGAUCUCGAUGGAGUCCAUAGCAUCAAAAGGUCUCAAAGACCUGGUCAAGAUCUUCCAGCCUUUAGACCAAGAGCUACAGGAGAUACAUAGGAAGAAGCCUUUCGAACUCAAGGAUGACCUAUGGUACAGUGGAGGAAGGUUGGUUAUCCCCAAGGUGAUCGUGCCAGGGAGGACCAACAACCGACACUCAAGGAGUGCCAAAGAGGUAGAUGGACAGUCUCUCUCUGUAGAGCAUCUGCGAUUCAUGGUGAUGACCCAAUGUCAUGAUGGUAUCACUGCUGGACACGUAGGAAGAGAUGCUACCAUCAAGGCAGCUCAACGACAUUACUGGUGGCCAAACAUGACAGCUUGGAUUGCAGACUAUGUAGCAAGUUGUCCUGUAUGUGCUAGGUACAAAGCUCCUCGUCAUCGUCCAUAUGGUUUGCUACAGCCACUAGCAACCCCAGACAGGCCCUGGGGCUCCAUAUCCCUCGACUUCAUUGAAGGACUACCACCAUCAAAGAAGUAUGACUCCAAGACCUAUGACUCUAUCCUAGUCAUCGUUGACAGGUUAACCAAGUUUGCCAUACUAGCUCCAACCCAUAAGACAGUCACGGCCAAACAGACUGCAGUAUUGCUAUAUGGACACAUGGUUAGACUCUUUGGAUAUCCAGAUCACAUGGUCUCGGACCGAGGCAGGCAGUUCAUAUCAGGAGCAUGGAAGGCAUUUGCAGAGCAAAUGGGUGUGAAGCACUCACUUAGCACGGCUUACCAUCCUCAAACUGAUGGUCAGACAGAGAGAGUCAAUCAGGUCAUAGAGCAAUAUCUCAGGAUGUACUGCAACUAUGAGCAGAAUGACUGGGCCAACCUGCUGGACACUGCGGCCUUUGUAUACAACAACACGGUCCACAACAGCAUUGGUGUCUCACCAUUCUUUGCAUGCUAUGGAUGGAACCCCAAAGCUCAUCCUGACAUCCCUCAACGACUAGGAGUCAAUGAUCCAGGUCGCUUCGAGUACCUCAUGGAUGGAAAGGAGCGUUGCAAGUACCUCCAGGAGCAGAUCAGAGAGGCACAACGUAGAUCAGUAGACCAGUAUAACAGGAAGCACAAGGACAUUGAGUUUAAGGUGGGUGAUAUGGUCUAUAUCAACCGCCGAAACUGGAAGACACGGAGACCCACACCCAAGUUGGAUACCCGGUUUGCAGGACCCUACCCAGUUCAGGAACGGGUAGGACGCCGAGCUUACCGAAUCACAUUGCCAGCAAACCUUAGGGUGCAUGAUGUGUUCCAUGUCUCCAUGCUCGAGCCAGCAAGAACAAGUUCUCUUCCUCAACGUGCUGAACAGCCCACCAUGCCACCACUUCCAGAUGAGGACCUCGACUUCGAAGUCGAAGCACUCAUCGACAAGCGUUCACACAAUGGGACUACAGAGUACAAGGUGUUGUGGAGAGGGUACUCAGAAGAAGCUGCUUCAUGGGAACCAGUAGAGAACCUCAACUGUCCCGACCUCAUCCAGGAGUAUGAGGUGUCGGAGGGGGGACAAGUGAGUAGACAAAGUAGGGAAAGGAGGAGAGAACAGGAGGAGUAG